UAAUAUAAUGAAAAAUAAAUGUGUUAUUAUGAAGGUCGGGUGGUAAGUGGAGAGAGUCGUCCCUGAGCCAUGGUGCGCAGUUGUGAUGCGCGAAAGUAUUACGGCGUCGGGAGUCAGUCAACUCGGUGACGUUCUACAGUGAAUGUCGUAUGGUGAAUUUGUUAUGCCGGUAUUUACGAAACUGAAACGAAGUGGUAAUUUAACGCAUACACAUGUAUUUUCAAGAGUGUAUCGUGUAAUUAUAAUAAUAGUUUAAUCGUUAAACGCAUCAAAUAGGCGUAGUUAAGAAGAAAAAGAUACGAGUUGCAGUUGGGGCGUCUCUACAAACUAGAGCAGCGAACAAUGUAAAGUCGAUAUUUUUACAAAUUUCAUGUGAUGUAUGUGCAAUCCAUAGGCGAAGGAUAAUCAAUCAAGAGAAGAGAUUAAAUUGAUCAAAAUGAUUUAUAUAAACGAAUAUGAUUUGAUUUGAGAAUGUAUCCAUAUAGUGGUUCAUAAUCGUGACGAAUGAAUCGUGAAAGCAUUAUCGAAAUAAAAUUUCUACUUUUCUUCGCGAACGAAUAGUGAAUAAGCGUACGUUGUCAUUUUCGUUCCGUUAUUAUUGCUAAAGACUUGAAAGAAAAAUAUACAGAAAGAUAGACAGAUAUAAUAUUAUAUUAGGCGUGGAACGAAAGGUAUGUUGAAAAAAAAAAAUCAUAAGAAGAAGGCAUAGUGCAAACGAUUGAAAAAAUUAGGAAAGAAAAAAAAUACAAUCGAAAUAAGGAAAAGAGAGAAAGAGGGGAGCCAGGAUCGGUUGGAAGAGAGUCGGACGGUCGAGGUCGUCGGUGAAGUAGAAGGCGCGAAGCGCGCGCGCGACGAGUUUCUCGUCGUGACGAGUCGUGAGGAUGGAGGACGAGUUACGAUGCCCUUGUUGUAAAGAAUUGUUCGUUGAACCGGUGCUAUUACCAUGCUGGCAUGCUCUUUGUCUUGCGUGCGCGGUUAAUCUGCAAGCACCACCGGAUUCACCUCCAGAAUCGACGACUGACUCGUCGAAUGCACCGGGAUCUGAUCAGGAAGCGGAUAAACUUUCGAUUCUUUCCGAAACGGAUUCUGGUGUAGUGUGCAGCAGCACAUCAACUAGCUCGCGACCAGGAAGCUAUGUCGGCACACCCGGAAACGGAGGUUUUCCACCAUCAGGCGGCACUUUAUGCCUCUCCUGUCCUGUUUGUCAGAAAACCGUUUAUUUUGACGAAGGAGGAGCUCACAAUUUACCCAAAUACAGGGCAAUGCAACAUAUCGUAGAAAAAUAUCAAGAAUCGAGAAACACGAGACUGCAAUGUCAAAUGUGUGAGGCUGAACCCCGGGACGCUACCGUCGCCUGCGAACAGUGCGAGGUUCUGUAUUGCGACGCGUGCAGAGAAUCGUGUCAUCCAAAGAGGGGACCUUUGGCGACGCAUAACUUGGGCCCGCCUCGAGGCAGCUGGCAAUCGAAUGGAGGAGGUAAAGGUGUUCGCGGUUCGAACGCGGAAACUACGCCUCUCUGUACCGAUCAUAACGGCGAACCGUUGACCCUUUACUGCGCUCUUUGCAAGAUCGCGAUAUGCGCUCUUUGUCUUCGAGAUCGCCAUGCAGCUCAUCCCCACGAUGUGCUCCCAUUGGCCGCAGCUUGCAAGGCUCAAAAGGCGAGUGUUUUUAAUGUUUUUAUUUUUGUUUAAUUUUAUUUAU